AGAAGUCAAAAUGAAAAGAAUUCUUAUAUAUCGUUAGAUUCCGAUUUUCUCCUUCAACAGAUAUAUUGUUGUCAAUUAUUAUUCCAAUUGGUAAAGGAUUAAGCAUACGGGAACAGUGUUUACCACAAAACAUUAGAGCUAUGCUACUGAACCCGUGUAGAACUUUGGAUAUAGAAGCAUCGCCUGUGCCAGAUUUUGAUAUAUCGUAUAAUAUGAGAAUGGUUGUGAAAGCAAUGAUUGAACAAACUAAAGAAAUAAAAAGAAAAUAUAAUUCAAGAUCUGUAGUUUCUCAUGGAAACAGAGUUAACAUUAAUCUACCAGUUAAACCACCGGUAAUAACAGAUGCUGGAUUGGCGGAUAUCGUGUUAUCGUUCAAGGCUUAUUUCAUACAGAUAAUUUCCAUGGAAACUCAAGAACGAAAUCUGCAUCGUACAGAAAUUCACACAUUUGAAGAUGACUUGCGAUUGUUAAAGAAUUAUCUAUUAUCUGGAAUGUGUUUUAUAUCGAAACGAAUUACAAUUCAGUCUGAUACAAUAACACCGUUAUGUAUCAAUGCAUUACAACUGUUACCAACCUACCAAGCGACGUCUAUGUAUGUUUUAAAUCAUUUGAAGUAUUUCCUGGGAGACGUUAAUAGAGCAUUUGAAUAAACGUUUAGAUUUUGAUAAACUAUUUAGCAUGUUUAGUAAAAUCUGUGAUAGUCAGGCAGCACAUAAAUUAUUUAUUUAAAUUAUUUUUUUGAUUUUACAUGUUCUACCAUUGCAUGAUGUAUCUACAUUUUUGUUUUAAUAUGUAUGUAUGAAUGUUUUUCUUGCUAAUGUAUCACCUCCCCCCUCCCCCAAACACAUAUGUAUAUAUCAUUAAAAACUUAAAUAAAAAUGCAUCUUAUAUCGAUUAGUUACAUGUAGCUUUAUUUUUUUCUCACGGAAAUGACAAUAAACUUCUUAUGAUCAAUUGAAUUGAAAUCAUAAACAAACUAUUUUGUCAAUGAUAAACAGGAACGAGGAAUGUUCAUCAUAAUUUUUAAUAUAAGUAAACAUAUGUUUUCUCUUCCCUUUUCAAAUAAUCCAAUCUAAAACAAAAAUCAUAUUCCUUAUCCCCAAAUACACUAACAAACCCAAAGGACAAAUCGUCUGUUAAAGUGUUGUUUGUUUUUCAAUUGUGUUAUAUUUUCCAACUUGUAGAUAUUGGAUUUUUGUUCCUAUUGACACGAUUUCAAAAAUAAACCAAAGAUAAAUUACACAUUAUUAUUUUCAAAGUGUAUUAUUCAUUAAAGUCUAAAUCCGUAAUCCACGUCCUUGUUUAUUUUAUACAUUGUUGCUUUUGGCAACUAUUUGAACAAAUUAAAUAAACAUAUACCUAAAUUGAAAAAUGCUUUUGGAAUUGUGUUCGCAAACUAAGAAAGGAAACAUUUAAGGUUUACAG